AUGGAGCACACUGGCACACGCCUUCCUCCUACACCUCUAACGGCUCUAUUACGACCGGCAGCUCUUUUACCUCCAUCCGAGGGGUCUUCUGCGAGAACUAUCCAAGCUGCCAGUCUUCUAUCAGAACCAUCUCCAGGCCUGGAAGCUGGUCUUGGUGACCAGUCCAUGGCAGCCACCAAGGAGGAAGAUUUCCUCAUGGAGCCCCUGCUACACAACCCUCAGCUUGGUGGGUGCAUGUACUCAAGAAGUCCUACAAUGAAAUUUCCAGUUCUGAUGGUCCUGGUGACUCUUUUCAAUAUUUUCCUGUGUCAGGAUUUACCAAAUACUGUAGAGGUUGAUCUUCUUCAGGAGUUCAGAUUGUCCAAAGCAUCGGAUCUAAACAUAGUUGAAGGAUCAAACUCAGAUUCUUUAGUUUACUGCAUAAAUCCUACCAUACAGCUCAGGAAAAACACCAGUGGUGUUCAUCCUGACUGCUUGCCUUCAGAAUUUUCCAUCAUUGCUACUUUUAAGAUGCUGGAAGACACUCCACAAAAUGUGUGGAAUUUAUGGCAAGUUAGUGAUUCUGCUGGCAAAACCAGAGUUGGUAUUCGCUUCCUGCGUGACAAAAAAUCUCUGGAUUUCUUUCAUGCCACUCCAUCCAAAACACUCAUGUUCAGGACAUUCAGCAAUGUGGACAAGGCUUUUGAUGGUUCUUGGCACAAGUUAGCAUUAAGUGUGAAAGGCGAUGAUGCAAAAUUAUUGAUUGAUUGUCAGGAGGUCAGUGCAGUUCCAGGAAAUGAACAGAGAGGUGUUUAUGGAAACGGAUAUACUUUGCUGGUAAAAAGAUCAGUAGAAGAGUCUCCUGUUUUGGUGGAUUUACAACAACUUGAAAUGCACUGUGACGCAGAUAAAGCUUACUCGGAAGGCUGCUGUGAGCUUUUGGAUGUUUGCGGAGCAAGCGCUCAACAGGAUCUUACUGGAAACACAGUAUGUAAAUGUGCCCAUGGGAGACCAGGAGAUCAAGGAACAACAGGGCCCAAGGGGCAAAAAGGAGAGAAGGGAGAACAAGGAAAGUCUGUCAGUGUUGGAAAUCUGGGAGUCCGUGGUAACCCGGGAAAUUAUGGAAACACUGGAGAGCCUGGUCCAAAAGGUUUAGUGGGCACUAAGGGUGAAAAAGGAAUGAGAGAGUUACAUGGUGAAUGGGGUGAUCAAGGUCCUCUAGGUCUCAAAGGAUUGCCAGGAGCAGAGGGCUUCAAGGGGGUAUCUGGAACACCAGGAAACAGAGGAGAACCUGGGGCAAAAGGAGAAAAGGGAGAACUGGGGCUUGUGGAAAUCAUGGGAUUCCAAGGAGUGAAGGGUAAUGAAGGCUUCUCUGGAGCUGAUGAUUUACCAGGCCAAGAAGGACCUAGGGGCCUCGUUGGUGUUCCAGGAGAUUUUGGUCUACCCGGACCAAAAGGAGCUCCAGGUUUUACCGGAUCUCGAGGAAGGAAAGGUACACCUGGUCCAAAGGGAAUACGUGGAGAUCCUGGAUUGCCUGGGCGAGAGGGGGAUCCUGGUAUAGAGGCCUAUCAAGGAUCUCAAGGGCCAGAGGGUGGUCAAGGUACUUUGGGUUUAAAGGGAGAGAAAGGAUUUCUAGGAGAAGCAGGUCCUGAAGGCCCUUGGAGAAGAACAGGUGAUACUGGUUCAAAAGGGAUUGCAGGAAUUCCUGGUAGGCCUGGCUUCGCUGGUCCCCCUGGAACUACUGGUCAUAUUGGGCUACCAGGAACUAGUGGAUUGAAGGGAAAUGUUGGUGUUCCAGGCAUAAAGGGUCAAGAAGGUGACAAGGGAGAAAAAGGAGUUAAAGGACCAAAAGGAAAUGUUGGAGACAAAGGACCAACAGGACCAGAGGGUGUUAUUGGUAAAAGUGGUCCACCAGGAGAGCCUGGAUCCCGAGGCCAACCUGGAGAACAGGGUGUUCCUGGAGAUGAGGGUCCACCAGGAAAUGUUGGAUCAGUUGGACCUCCUGGGCUGCCUUUCCCAGCAGCUCAUGUGAUAGAAGUGUGCAAACGAAUUGUCUUAGAACAAAUGUCAAUGUUUGCCAAUAGUGUUGGGAGGAAAUGUGCCAGCACAUGCCCACUUUAUGGAGAUGUGCCUAUGGGGCCUCCAGGACCUGUUGGUUUGCCUGGACCUCCUGGAGAAGAGGGCAAACCUGGGUUAAAUGGAGCUGAUGGAGAACGUGGACCUAAAGGCUUUUAUGGCGAUGUUGGUGACCCAGGAAAACAAGGACCAAAAGGUGAACAUGGAGACAAAGGAGAUAGAGGUGCCAAAGGUUUUGUAUUUGCUGGCUUUGAAGGCAAUCAAGGCCCAAGAGGUGAAAGUGGAAGAAGUGGACUAGCAUUCAAUGGAUUUCCAGGUCAGCCUGGCCCACGGGGACAUAUGGGACAGUCUGGUUUGAGAGGAUACCCAGGACUUAGAGGGCCUCCAGGUAUAUGUAAAACAGGGUGUGAUCCUUAUCUUUCAAAUGAUGUAGAUCAGCAAAGUGAGUCAUCAUCUUCUUUUGUAUGGCAAGCAAAGUGA